GCCGUUCGAACUAGUCUUACAUAUACUCGCUUCGAGAGAGCACGCGAAUCGUUACAGUUCCGCAGCGGUCUGAACAAAUCUCGGUCAAGACAAGUGCGCGCGUUUCGCAAGUUCGUAAAGUUCAAUUUAUUUUGGUGGAUUUUUUGUGGUAAUUUUAAGGUCGCUGUAAGCAACGAAUAAACAGACGAUCGAAGAAGGCAAAAACUAUACGGUGUGAAGAAUAUUGACGAAAAAAAGUGCUAACGUUGGCAGAACAUUGGUGUUUCGAGGUUGAAUCAGAACGAGAACACCGAAACAGCAGAAACAGGAUUACAACAUCAAGUUGAACAGAAUAACAGAAAACAGAAAAACAGCGCAAUUUUUUUUGGAGGCCCUUGUCCCCCAACGACCCCGUCCAGACAGGCUGUUAGACAAUGCACUAAGACAGACUAUGAUGGUUGCGGAUUUUGUAUCAAGACCACACAACGGUUCGCCAAUUAACGGCGAAAUACCCGGCCAGAACCACAACAACUCCAACAUGCCUGCACACAGCGCCUUACUGAUGAGUAGCAAUUCAACGGGACGUGAAAGUCCUAUGAGCCCGGACUCUGACUACAAUGGAAAUGGCUACGAUCUAUCGGGCCAACUCAAGCGCAAAGACUUGUUCAGUCAGCGCAAACAGCGGGAGUUCAUCCCGGACAAUAAGAAGGACGACAGCUAUUGGGACCGGCGGCGACGUAACAAUGAAGCGGCCAAGCGUUCGCGAGAAAAGCGACGCUUCAACGAUAUGGUCCUGGAACAACGAGUGGUCGAGUUAACCAAGGAGAAUCACGUACUGAAAGCGCAGCUAGAUGCUAUUAAAGUCAAAUACAACAUUUGCGGGGAGAAUUUGGUGAGCGUUGAUCAAAUCAUGGCUACACUCCCGACCAACGAGCAAGUCCUCAGUUCAACGAAGCGAGUUAAAAUCAGUAGCACUCCACCAAUAGUAUUCCCCUUGGCGAGGACUUCAGUUCCACCGCCACCAAUGACUCCACAACCUGGACCACAAAUACCAUCGCUCCAUCCACAUCAGCCCCAUUCGCAGCCAUCGGUUGUUCAACAGCCACAGCAGCAGCAUCAAGCUCAACAGCCACCGCAACAACAGUCCCAGCAGGCAGCAGUAAUUCAUCCCAAUCCUAACAUCGAAUCUCCCCCUCCACCACAGUCAAUCGCUUCACAGUUACAACAGAUCACAAUACAGCAUACAAGCUCACACUACAGUCACCAUUCGCCCGUCACCAUCUACCGAGAGUACGAACCCCUUACCAACGGUAGCAGCCGGUGCGAAAGUAAUAAGCACGAGUCGACGAUCCGUAGUCCUCUAACCAGAGUGGAGCUAAUGGAUCAUGAAGAACACCGCGGUGAGCCACUCGCUGAACAUCGUGAUCGCGACCGUGACCGUGAACGCCUCAUGGAUCGCGACGAUGUUUCUGUCCAACCGGUUCCUACCUUUGGAUCAUCCAACUCGCACAUCAGUGGUCCACACAUUUCGCACCAUCCGUACUCCUCACCCUACUCGAUUCCUAACUACCCCGUCAGCUAUGCUGGCAAUCUCUAUCCAUCACCUCCACGGGAGAUCAACGCAUUGCUCACCGCUAACGUACUCAACCUCAGCCGUCGGGCACCGUCACCAUACGAAACGUCCAACGGAACCGGCUCCAACAGCAGUCACAGUAGUUCCGGCGAUGACGACCAUGAUCGUGAACACAUCCACGAUCAUCACAAUACCCUACCGUUGAAGCUACGACACAAAUCACACCUCGGAGACAAGGAUGCAGCCACAGCCCUGCUGGCUCUGCAAAACAUCAAACAGGAACCACAGAUUCGAUCGUCCUCUCCCUGGGACGACGGAGAUGGCUCUUCGGAUGAACGUGACUCCGGCAUCUCUACCGAAUGGCCAACGAAAGCGGAACAGAAAAUGAUGGUCCCGCUUCCUUCGUCACCCCCUUCGACGUCGGUUUCAUCCAUCGCAUCUAGCACGACCUCGGCUGGUAACAUAGUCGGUGGCAAAAUUACCUCAAUCCCGGCUUCGGUCGUCAUCAGCAAGAAGGCCGAGGAAAACAUCCAUCUCCAGUCGAAAUUGGCCCGGCUGGAGUCGGAAGUGGCCACUAUCAAGAAUAUGAUGAUUUCCAAUACCGCUGGCAGCGGAUUUGGUGUCACAGCCGCGGCACAGUGAUACAAGUUGAACCCGUCGUCGUACGACCGCGAGAUCUAGUUCGGUAAUGAACGUCAUAAUUGUGAUGAGCACUAAACGCUGAUGAAUAGUGGUGACUGAGAAAGGUCCAAAAGUGCAAAGAUGGAAACGAGUGAUUGUGCGUUACAGCUGUAAGAUAUGGUGGAAAGUUUUCGUUUUACGAGCAGAAUGGAACUUUAAGAAAUAUUUAUUAUUAAUUAUUAAGGAGAAAGAUAGCAUUUUUGUCAGUUGUUAUUUUUUUAAGCAAACACGUUCUGGAGAGCGCAGUGACCGAUAAUGAGAAAGAAGGAGAUAAGAAAACAGUAUAACAAGGGAACAGAACGAGGAGGGGGAAAUCAGUCCAAGUAUGAUAGCCUAGAUUUUAACUCAACUGUUUAAUGCAACAAUACAAGGACAAACAGUUGAAGGCAACUUUUAUCUUCAGGGAAGAUUGUAGUACAGCGAAAAUGAUGGGAGAAGUGAAAUAGCUGUUGCAAACGUACGGAAAAAAAAAGAAAGUAACAGACUCGUAUAGCAAGUAGGGAAACGUGUUUCGGAAUUGUGAUAUAUUAGUUUUUGUUUGAUACAGCAAAGAAAAGGAUGGACCUUCUUUUCUAUGUAUUUUUUAAAACGGAACAGUGACCGCUAGAAGAAGGUGAUUUUUUAAUUUAUUACAUUGUCCUAUAAGUACCACAGUUAUUUAGGGUCUAAACACGUGUAAUGAAGUGAAAUUUGUGAAAUUUCAACUCAACUGUUAUAUCUUUGAUGCCAUCACCGGGAUAUAAAACUAGGUGAUAGAGCGGGCCUCUUUGGCGCCCAGCAGCCCUAUUCAAAAAUUGACUCUAAACUAUGCUAUAUUCGUCUUAAAAAUUUUUAAUCUUAAAGCAAACACAUCAAAACUAUUAGUGAUGAGAAAAAGAGAACCAUUACUUUCCACAAAGUUGUCCCAACUUUCAGAACUGAUCUUGAAUCACUACUUACAAAUUUAAUCUAAAACGUACUACUGACGAACCCCUAUAGUAGCUAUUAUUCGGUAGGUUUAUAAAAUGUCACUUUUAAUCAUAAUCAAUAAAAGAUAUGAAAAUGAAUUGUAUAAUUUGUAUCAAAUUUAUGUAUUUAAAUAUAUAUAUUUUUAAAAAAUA